AUGGAUGGUGAACCAAAGAAAUUGUCUGCAACCCAAAUUCAGCGAAUGAAAAAUAAUCAACAAAAGGCCUUACAGUUACGGAAAGCAAGAAUAGCUAAUUUAGCAAAUGCCGAAAAGGCAGUCAGUCAAAAAGAAGUUGGAUCAGUUGCCCUACCUCGUGAUACAGGGGCUGGUUUUUUUGCAGAAGAUGAAGAUGUUGAUGCCAAUUUAGAAGCAAGACCAAUAAUAAGUACGCCUGCACCUCUUAUUUUUGGAGAUCGUCCGAUAUGCUUGGAAUGUAAUGAAGAAUUUAGUGAUUCAUUUCUGCAAAAACAUUUUGAUCUUGAUGUUUGUGAUAGUUGUAGAGAUAAUGAAGAUGCUCACUGUCUAAUCAGUAAAACUGAUGCCAAGAAGGAGUAUUUGUUAAAAGACUGUGACUUUGACAAAAGAGAGCCUCCUUUAAAAUUCAUUUUGAAAAAAAAUCCUCACAAUGUUCAUGGAAAUAUGAAAUUAUAUCUCCGAUUGCAGGUUGAAAAACGUGCUUUGGAAGUUUUUGGAACUGAAGAUAAAAUUGAAGAAAUGAAAGAACAAAGAGAAGAAGCUACUCUUAAACGGAAGAAGAAAGCUUACGAUAAAAAGGUUAAAGCUUUAAGAAUGGAAGUGAGGAGCAGUUUAUAUAGAAAGAACGAUACCUCACACAAUCAUACGUAUGGUCCUGAAGAGUACGAUGAGGAGGAGGAUGUGUAUAUUAAAACGUGUUCUUCGUGUGGUCAUACAGUUGAGUUUGAAAAAAUGUAGAAUAUUUUUAUGAUAGAUAUUUCUUAUUAUGUUCCAUUCAUACCCUGUUUUUUUUUUUUUUUUUAAUGACAUGUUUUAAUUUAAAAGGUAGUUAAUGCAUAGCUGGUCCUCAUUGAUAUCAUCAGAUUUGUCACUUUUAUUGAACAAAUUUUUUUCUGUAUAAUAGUGAUUGUAUAUAAUGAGCAUGAUUGAAAUUUAUGUAAAAUUUAACUUUUAUAUUGUCAUCUUUUUACUCAAAUUUUCAUGUUUUGUCACCUUUUAAGGGACCAGUAAAACA